AUGGAAAAGCAACCGGUAGCCGGAUCCCAAACGUGGGUAUGGUCGCUUCCCAAAUUGGACAAUCUCGACAACUCAGACGACGGCGCGACGAUUGAAAACCCCGAGAACGAAGACGAACACCCGUCAGACGAAGACCGGGGCAGCGUGGACCAUUCACCUGAGACAAGAAAUGCCCGACACCGACAAAGCCGAGAAGAACAAAUCCGGGUUGAAAUUGAGCGAGAAGAACGUGAGAGGUUUGAAAGAGAAGAACGAGAGAGGAUCGAGGCAGAAGAAAGGGAACGAAUGGAGAACGAGAGAAGGCAACAAGAGGAACGAGAUCGUCGAGCACGUGAAGCAAGGGAGCAAGCCGAGAGAGAACAGGCUGAAAGAGAACGAGCCGAGAGAGCAGCGCGGGGAGCAGCAGAGCGAGACGACCAAGAAAUACGUGAGUGUUUGCGACAAGAAAUCCGGGCACAACUUUUACGUGAACGAGAAGAACAACGGGAGCGUGACGUGGGUCGGGAAGAGAGAGAGGAACGAGUGAGACGCGAGAAUGAACAGCGCGAAAGGGAAGAACAAGAAUUGCGUGCCCGAUUGCGCGAAGAAAUCCGAGCUCAAAUUUUACGCGAAGAAAAUGAGCGACGCGAACGCGAAAACCGAAACCGGCGGACAGGUCACGAGUCCAUGGAAGUGACCGAACCCAGAGCUGGUUCCUCAAGACAAGGAACACCGUUACCAAGUCGUGCUCGACAGUCACUAUUGGUAGAUGACUCGGUCGAGCUUCGAAAGAGGGACUUGGUACGAGAAUGGGGCGUCGUAUUCAAUGGGGACCGUGACGUCCAGGAAUUCCUGGAACGGCUGGAAAAAUUGGCAGAAAGCUAUGGGUAUGAGAUGGACCACCUAGUGCCAUGCAUCCCGAUUUUGCUCCGGGAAAAAGCUCUCCUUUGGUACAGGAAUAACAAGAGAGAUUGGGUUUCUUGGGAAGACUUCGUGUCGGAUUUAAAAACUUUUUACCUGCCUCCAGGCCUCGAACUAGAUUGGAAGAACAAAUCCGGAACUGCGUACAAAGAUCAACCGAAACCGCGGCAGAAUAUGCAACCAGCUUGCAAACGCUAA